GAUGCCGUGCCUUUGUGGUUAACUCCUGUCUUCGACUUGCAGAAGGGGAAAUGGACUCCUGCGCCCGCUGUCAGGUCUGGGCUGGGUCAGGACUUCAGGGUAGAGGAGCCGAACAAUGGAGGGUUUAGAUUUAGCUCCCUUUGAUAAUGGACAAUUUAAAAAGGCUGCAAUUUCUCAAGAAUUCAGCUUUUCAGCUGAAGGAGACAUGCCCAGCAGUAGCAAGCUUCCUCUUAUGGACACACAGUUGUAUACCAGAUGGGAAAAUUAAGUCCAGUGGAGUGUGUAAGCACUGCUUUCAGAUCCUUCAUCCUGAAAACCAUCGAGUGCGUCUGAAAUCCAAAAAAAAGAUAACGACGCAAACAAGAAAGCUACUGCAACAUAAGGCAGCCAAUUGGAAACUUACCCUCAAACAGCUACAGAAGCUGUGGAAAUACGAGAAGUCCCAAAACAAAUUGUUGGUUACAUGCUAUACAUGUAAGGAAACAUCAAGAUUUAAUGGAGCAAGAAGAAGAUCUCUGGCUGUAAGGCCCCACAUCCCAAGAAGCUUAACCAAGACAAAAACUGACAUAAAGACACUUGAAGGAACAAGGAUGCCCCAGUCCACUGAGAAAGCAACCAAGUAUUCCCCGCAUGUGAAUAAAUUGAGUUCAGAAAUCAAGAGCCCAGCUGUAACUCCACGGACAUCUGUCUCUACACCAUCUACAUCUUCACCCUCAUUGAAAUCAGUUAAAGGAAAGAAGCUGCAAUGCUCUCGUCUUAAGAUGCUUUUGAAUUCUGAGCAGAAACAGCAGAGCACAAAGGCUUCUCUGAAAGAUUUUCUAUCUUCGGUAUAACUGCAAUGGUGCAACAUUUUUAAAAUGUGGUUUGUGUGGCCUAGAUUUUGGCUGCGCGAGAGAAGAUAUAAUUAUGGGGAGAUGGGUUGAUUGUCAAUUUGUAUAAUCAUUUGGAUGUACAGCCUUAGUUUUGUGCCAAUUGAGUUUUGGAGUAUUGUCAUAAAAUAGAUUUUGCUGUUUAUAGAUGAACUUCUGGAGACAUUACAAGAGCAAGCAUGUUGGAGCUCUGUGCUACAGUGCAAAUGUGGAACUGCAGAUCACCCAAAAGCAUGUGUGCAGUCUGGUGUACAAUAAGCUGAUCUGCCAUCUGGUUAUCUCAGAAACAUACUGCUGUUUGCAGGACGAUGCAAACAUUUGUAGAUAUUGAAGUUCCAGAUGAAUGGUUAGAGUAACAAAUACAUAUUUAACCAAAUACUGCUUUCAGUUUUGUCCCUGCUUAAGUCUUAAAGGUUGAGUUUUACUUUCUUAAUAUUUUAAUCUUGUGCAUGAUUCUAUAGUGUUUUUCAUCUCUCCCUGAAACAUUCCUUAAGCAGAGACUGCAGGUGGGAAAGAUCAGACAAGAUACAUGAGUGUCUGGUCGGCUGGGAAAUGAAUGUGAGCAAGGAGAAGAGUGAAGUAAUAAGGUCAGGAGAGGUGGACUAGGAAAAGGAUUUUAGUUGUGCUGAAAGAAAAAAAAAUUUUCAUAUUUGCCAGUUGGGUUGCUUAAAGGGUGAUGAUAUACUUACAUACUGUGUAUAAAAUAUUCUCAGUUUCUUGUGAUUAAAAUGUAGAUUUGAAGAAGCACAACUGCAGUUUAAAGAUGCUUCAUAUAAGAACACAAAGUAAGGCCACUGGGCCCUUUGUCUGCCCUGUAAUUCAAUAUGAUUAUGACUGAUCUUUGCUGGCCUCAGCUCCUUUAUCUAUCAAAUAUUUAUCUGUCUCUACCUUAAGUAUAUCUAAUGAUCUGACCUUCAUCUCUCUCUAAGGCAGGAAAUUCCAGAGUUUCAUUUCCCUCUGAGAGGAAAUUUCUACACGUCAGUUUUAAAUGACUGGCCCCUUGAUUUGUAGCUCUGAUCCUUUGUGACCUCCCGUGACUGAAAACAUCUAUCCCUGUCAAUAUGUAUUAAGAGCUUGAGAUUAGAUUUAUUUAUCACAUGUACAUCAAAGCACAGUGAAAUGCAUCAUUCCUAACAACCAGCACACCUAUCCAGCCCACAGAUGUCACCACGCAUUCUGGCACCACCUAUAGCAAGCCCACAAUGUUACACAGAAACACACAAGCUUAAAGCACACACCCACCCUCUCACACCUUCAAAAAAGUCUCAAACCCAUUGGGUAAGAUGCCUCUAGGUCUUCCUCCAACUUUGAACUCUACCCAGCACACCAAUCACAAGUUUGACCUUCAGGCCUUGACUUCCAAAUUUGUAUGGACCUCCUUUCUUGAUGAACUGGGCCCUUGUGACUGUCCUGGGCCUCUACCUUUAAGCUUUGAUCUUCAACUUUGCCUCCAGACUUCGCUGAUUUGAUCUUCAGGCCUCAACUUCCAGUCUUCCCCAAACCUCCAACCCUAGUGCCCACUAGCCCUUGUGAUUCCCACCCAUACCUGGGAUUUGCUGCCUUUACAGACUUCCUGCCUGGGUCCAGUUUCUGACCAGGUGAACUGGCCUUCUCAGAGCCUGCAUCACAUUUUCUGUGAUUACUGAAAUUCAACAUCGGAGCACUUUGACCUGGAUUUUAAUUCCUGCCCAGACUCUUCAUUUGCUACCCUUGACCACUAACUUCCUCUCAUUUCUGUUUCUAAACCCUAACCUGACCCCUAUGUCUUAAAAGUUACCGCUCAUUCUUGUAUAUUCCAAGAAGUACAGACCCAAACUGUCUAGCCUUUCUUGACAAGCCAGCCCUUUCAUCCCAGGAACUAGCCAGGUAGGUCUCCUUUCAACUGCCUCCAGUGCUACGAUAUCCUCUUUUGGGUAAGAGGACCAAAAUUGUGCACAGUUUUCCAGGUAUGGCUGCCUCAUGACCCAGUACAACUGUAACAAAUCCUCCCGAUUUGUAAACUUCAAACCCUUCAUGAUUUAAGAAACAUGCCAUUUGCCUUAAUUAUUUGUUGGACAUGUCUGAUAACUUUUUAAUUUGUGCACUUAAACCCUGAACAUCACACGUCUGCAAUCUCUUUUCAUUUAGGUCAUCCACCUCUUGAUUCCUUUUUCCCAAGUGCUUAGGCUCUCAUUAGACUUCAUUUGCCAGGUUUUCAACCACUAACUCAAUCUACCCUGCUAACUCUACUGUCUUCCUCACGACAUGCCUUCCUUCUAUGUUUGUAUCAUCGUCAGAUGUGGAAACAUCUCAUUUUGUUCCGUUCUCCAAGUCAUUAUUCUAACUAGCAAAUAGUUGAUUCCAAAGGCUGAUCCCCAGAGCAGGGUACCAGUGAUAUUCUUACAGCCUGAAAAAGAUCAGUUUUUCCGCUGGUGAUCACAACCACCUCCCCUGCACGCACAUCCAACAGGCCCCCCCCUUCCACACGCACCCCCCACAGGCCCCCCUUUCUGCACGCACCACCCACAGGCCGCCCUCUUUCCGCACGCACCCCCCACAGGCUCCCCUUUCCCCACACACCACCCACAGGCCCCCCUCUUUCCGCACGCACCACCCACAGGCCCCCCCCCCUUUCUGCACACACCCACUAUAGGUCCCCCCUCCUCCGCGCCAGGGCACCCCCUCUCUGCACACCUUCCCCAGGGGCCCCCCUGCACACCUCCCCCAAGCCCCCCUUUUCUGCACAACACCCUCCCAGUCAUCCCUCCUUCCGCAUGCACCCCCCACAGGCCCCCCGUCCAUGCACACACUCGCUCCCCAUCCUUGUGCUCUCUUUUCCCUAAAUGUUCUCUGCCAUGCAGUCCUGGAAAUCAACAGGAUGAAGCAAAUUGCUGCCUUCAUUCCCAUUGGUACCAUAUAAGUAAAAAUCAUUUCAAUGGCAAAUGCCAUUCUUUCUCCCUUCCUUCAAAUUAUGUACUCCUUGUUCUUGAAAAUGGCCAUGAUUAAAAGAAUCAAAAGUGAAAGACUGAAGUAGAAAUUAAACUGAAAGCAAGAGAGAAGUCUACCAUGUAAACCUGAGAAUCAGUCUGGUACAGUUACUUUAAAUGCUGCUUUACUUGGGCAGUACCCUCCUGAGCAAAGGAGAAAGAACCCAUUUGCAGAAACAGAUCAUCAGCAGAACUUAUUGUGAUAGGGUGGUGAUCACGCUGUAAAAAGUGACUGUCUGCUGCUGCUUGGUUUGGAACUGGCUCUUUAUAGGUUUUGAGGAAUAUCCUAAAAUAUUAUUUCUCUAGGACGUGGUAUGAAAUAAGAAAAGGUAAUAUGCAAUGUUUAUCCUUCACUACCCCAUCUGAGCAGUCUUGUUUUGCGGUUAACAUUGGUAGAACAAAUCUACCACAACUCCUGGUUAGGCCUGUUUUUCACCCUAGUCCAGUUAUCGGUAGCAGGGAUGUGGAAAAUCCCUUUCUAUAUUAUUAGAAAUGUUUAAUAGGCUUUGACAAAGUCCCUUGUUCAUUUCUGUAAAGACAAAAAGUAAAUGCUUGAUUUUUCUGGACUUCAUCUUCAGUUUCUGUAGAAGGAGAGCUGAGUUACUGAACUUUAUAAAGAGUGGACUACUUUGGUUGUUUUUGGCUUUCCUGAAAGGAUUAUGACAUUACUAUUUGCAGAUAAUGUUGUCUUGUUGGUGAAUUACCUGAGAAAUGAUGUAAUUUACCCGUUUUCUUGGUCAAAGAAUUAAGAACGAAGUAUUAAAAACAUCUUCUAAAAUGGGUUUGCAUGCAUGAAAAGGGUGUUUAUAAUGUAUUAAAUGCUAAAAUUGUUAAUGUAAUUUCAGUGAGCUUUUUUAAAAUGUAAAGGUCUGCUCAACUGUAAAAUUAAAAUCCUAUCUGAUUGUUGCCAUAAAUGUAACAUUUUAAUAUGCUGUUUCAAUAUUUCAAACUAAAUUUGCAAAUCAUUCCAAACUGAAUGAAAUAAUGAGCCAAGCAAAACCCCCAUGUUGUACCAGAAUACAUAUCGGAUGUAACUCAAUAUAUGCAGUCUGGUCCCUUCAAGUUAGUGGCCUUUCUCUGAAAGGGAGAUGGUCAUCAUAAAUUAACACUGCUAGCUUCCAGUUAACCAUUACACUUACUUAUUUAUUCAAUCAUUCACAAAAAAUUGAUUCACUUAAGAAAGGUAGGAAAUAUCUGGGCAGCCUUAAUACUUAAGGGUUUUUAUUUCCUUGCCAUGUACAGUCUAUUCUGUUAAUAUAUACAUCAAAUCCUGGUUCAUCAAAGACUCAAUUCAAAGGUUACUGGAAGGUACUGCUAAACCUUCAGAAUUCUUGAUACUUGAAUCUUUCUAAAUAAAGUAUUUCAGAUAUUAUACCACUAGCUCCUUUCUGUGAAUUUCUGCAUCCACGUAAUUUAUUUAUUUUAUCAGAAUUGAAAUACUUAUAACUUGUAAGUGUAAGUGGAGAACACUAGUAGCACAAAUACAAAAGUAAGAGUGCUGUCAUCUUAUUUACUUCAUGAUUGCUUGUUAUGACACUAAUUGGGGUUACAUUCACAAUCACUAUCGUAGAAUGGUUACAGCAUGGAAGGAGGCCUUGUGACCCAUUGACUCCACAUUAUUUGUAUGUUAGAACAAUUCAGGUAAAAUAAAUGAA